UCUCACACUAGUUUCGACUGUUGAUAUACAUUUGGCUUGGCGGCGCACAGGCGCACACGCGACGCACACAUACGUACCAGCGACAGGCGACAGAGCAUUGAGACAGCAGUAUGGUAGCGUUAACAGCGUUGUGUGACUCUUGUUUUCUGUGACAUAUCGAUUCGUCAGAGAUAAAUAAACGCUGUUCGAUCGCGAAUCGUUCGCAGACAGGCCUGAGACCAGCAUUCUCGAUCAGCUGUCUCUCGACAUGGGAGUGAUAUUUCUCGAGCACAUCGGCGGCAGUCGCCUGUUCUCCUGCGCUUCUUGUGACACCAAUCUGACCAACAGGUCACAACUCGUCAGCACACGCUUUACGGGUGCCACGGGACGUGCUUUCCUGUUUAACAAAGUCGUCAACUUAAAUUAUAGCGAGGUUCAAGACCGAGUGAUGCUGACGGGUCGCCACAUGGUCCGAGAUGUCAGCUGCAAAAAUUGUGAUGCUAAACUCGGAUGGGUAUACGAGUUCGCGACAGACGAACAACAGCGAUACAAGGAGGGUCGCGUUAUCCUGGAACGAGCUCUUGUCACGGAGAGCGAUGGAUUGACAGAGCAUAAUGUUCAACAAUAAUGUUUAAUAUUUAAUACCAAGUAGCGUUAAAUAUAUUAAGGAAUAAUCUAUUAUAUAGGAUCUUUCAUAUAAGUUAUUAUAAUUUUUAAUCUUGUCAAGAAAGUUUUGAUUAGUGUGUUGACUUGUUUGCGUAUGAGCAAGCACUGUUGACGCUGAUUCAUUGUGAUAAGCGAUUUUCAACAUUUUCGUGAAUACGAUAUGGUUCCUAUUUUGUAAAAGAAAAUAUCUCAGAUUUGUUACCUUCUUAUUUAUGUCAUCUUCUCUGAUUAGUUCACAUCUUGCAUCAGCUCUUAUUCACGACAAUUGUUGAAUAUACAUAAGUGUGUAAACACCAUUGGUCUUUUCUUGUAGAUGGAACGUUAAUAAAUUGACCUCAGUGGCAAAUAUGUUUGUCAAGAAAAUUAAGAAAACGUAAGUACGUACACUAGCAAGCGUGUAUCGACGAGUGCAAUAUAGACAUUAACUGAACAGCAUGUGAAUCACAUAGCUUUAUUUGUACCCUUUCAAUAAAUUUGGCAGAAACAACAGUGAUACAGACUUGUGUGCACUUGAUACUAGCUACUUAAAAUAUUUAUUUUAUGAUGAAAGUAGAUCUUUUAAUCCUACUGUUCUGUUCAAAUUUGCUGUACAAUCAUUGCUUGGGGAUGAAUGUAAUAAAACAAGUUUAAAAUAAAAUAAAUUUUUUUAAAAGAAAUCUUAUAUCGACAGACAAAUGUCCUCUUCUACUGAUGUAUUUUAAAAUUUAAUUUACUCUAUCUUUUUUCAAAUUGUAGAAAAAUAAGUUAAAGUUAAUGAAAAAAACUAAGCAUUGGCUGCUGUGAAUGGCUAUGAUGAAUAACAAUGUGAUCAAAUGGUACGCUCCCAAGUUAAUUCAUAUUGAUAGAAAUUGACAAAAAUCAUCAAAAUGCAAUAAAAAAAUUUUCAAAUGAGUAAGAAAGUAAAAUACAUUUCAAGUCAAAUAGAGCCAAACAGAACAGCAGUAUUAACAAGUAUUAAAUUGUCUUUCAAGCAUACAUACGUACAUAUAAUACGGAGACAAAUUGAAAAGAUACAUAAAGACUUUCGAAAUUUCGUGAAAGUUUCGUUUUCGGGAAUUUCGAAUGUAUUCCAAGGAAAUAAAAGUCACGUUCAAACGUAAACAUAAAAGGAGGCGAGAGUCGUUUGAAUUUGGCAAUAUGUCAGAUACUAAUACAAACUCAAUAUUAUAGAAGCGUUUACUUUGUACUUUAGAUAAGCAGGUAACUAUCCUAUACAGAAUAAAAAUAAAAAAAUAACAUCUUUUAGUCUUGGCAGAUUUUAAAGUCAAAUGUGAUAAAAAGUUAUGAUAAGUGAUAAUGUACGAAAUUGUUUUCAUAAUAAAUUAUUUGCGACCGCG